ACAUGUGCUUUGCUUUUAUUUUUGUCAUUUUGGAAUUGUAUUCAAAAGUACCAAAAGUAUGAUCAUAAGUUGUAGUUUUAAUUUAAAUUACUAAGUAUGACUCCCAAUAAAAUAAGUGUUGGAGACUAUUUGAUACUACAAAAACAAAAUUACAAAAAGUUACUGAAAUUUAAUAAACCAAACCUAACAGUUACUGUGGGUCGUGAUACGAUUAACUUAACUGGAAUUGAAGGAUGGCCUUAUUUUUCAGUUUUCAAAAUGGUAUCAAACAGUAGUAAAAAAAACAGGGAGUAUUCAUUAGAAUUAACGCAAGAGAUCGUUAACUUGAAAGAUGAAAUCGAUGUGAAAAUAUCAGGAAAUGAUAAUCGGAAUAUAUUUGAUGAUGGUCAUUCUCAAAAGUUGUCUGCGGCAGAUAUUGAAGAAUUAAAAGUGGACUCCAGUAAAGCUUCAGACAUUGUAGAAACACUGAUUACAAACUCAAAUACUUUUCAUAGUAAAACAGAGUUUUCUCAAGAAAAGUAUUUACGCAAAAAAGAAAAAAAAUACUUUGAAUAUAUACAAAUAGUUCGCCCGAACUUAAGAAUAAUAACUGAGGUCAUGUAUAAGUUAGAUCCAGGUAAAAUACAAGGUAUAAGAGUAGAUACACUAUCACAGAUUAUUACAAUGGCUAAUAUACAAUCUGAAGGAAAUCACCUUUUAUAUGAUUCUGGGUCAAAUGGGCUACUAGCUGCAGCAUUACUUAGUGCCAUUGGCAACCAGACUAAUGGUAAGCUGGUACACAUGCAUCCUGGAAACAUGUCACAAAAACAGGCACUUCUGGCAAUGAAUUUCAAUGAGGAGCAUUUAAAUAGAUGUAUUUCAGUAAAUGUGUAUUCAGCAUUGAGACAGUAUUAUCAAGGAUGUGAUACUAAUGAUAACACAAGCAGUGAGUUAAAUCAUCUAAAGAGAAAAGCAGAAGAUUGUAUAGAAAUCAAAAGCAAAGUAUCCAAAACUGAAAAUGCCAUUGACAAAUAUAUCAACACAGAAGAUGAUAAUAUAUCAGAAGAUAGUAAACCAGAGCCUAAAAAACCAAAAUGGCAUUUUGAUAAUAUAGCAGCUUCUACAAUAUUGAAAGAUAAAAUGGAUUCACUGGUUAUUGCUUGUAAAGAAGAUCCAAAAAAUAUAUUUAAUGAAUUAUUAGAAUUUGUGAAACCAGGAAGGCCUUUUGUCAUAUAUUACAAUGUGGCAGAGCCUCUUCAGCAGUUGUAUAUGCUACUAAAAUCAAUGAGUAAUGUUGCUGCUUUAAAGCUUUCAUGUAACUGGAUGAGAAACUAUCAGGUUUUACCAGAUAGGACACAUCCAGAAGUAACAAUGGAUGGGGCUGGUGGGUUUCUUUUGACAGGUUAUGUUUUGAAAUAAACCAUUUU